GCGCCCGGAGCCCGGAGCCCGCGGGGACGAGGCCAAAGUUGGGCGCGCCGCGGAGUUGCGCCCGCGCCCGGGGCCCCGGACCCCGCGCCCCGCGAACUCGGGCGGCGGCUGAGGCGACGGCUGCGGCGGCCCGAGCAGCAUGCCGAGGAGGAAGCAGCAGGCCCCCCGGCGCUCGGCAGCUUAUGUUCCUGAGGAAGAACUGAAGGCAGCAGAAAUAGAUGAAGAGAACGUGGAGGAGGACGGGCUGUCUCUGGACAUCCCGGAAAGCGACUACGUGUGCAAUGAGGACCCUGAGAUCAAGGAAGCUCAGAGCUACCAGAACUCCCCUGUCAGCUCCGCAACAAACCAGGACGCUGGCUACGGGUCGCCCUUCAGCGAGAACAGCGACCAGCUCGUCCACUUCAAAAGCUCUUCCUCCAGAGAGGAGAAGGAGGACCCACAGGGCCCGGACAGCGUCUCCUACCCCCAGGACAGCUUGGCCCAGAUCAAGGCUGUGUAUGCGAACUUGUUCUCCGAGUCCUGCUGGUCCAGCCUGGCCCUGGAUUUGAAGAAGUCGGGUUCGACCCCCAGCAACAACGAUGCGGGCCAGAAGGAGGGCUCCACCCCUGCCCCCACACCCCCCGCCUGCACGGCGGGCGCCACGGGCACCACGGCCAGCACCCCCAGCUCGGGCUCGGGCUCGGGCUCCGGCAGCGGCGGCAGCGGCGGCUCGGGGUACGACUGGCAUCAGGCCGCGCUGGCCAAGACGCUGCAGCAGACACCCUCGUAUGGGCUGCUCCCCGAGCCCAGCCUCUUCAGCACCGUGCAGCUAUACCGGCAGAACAACAAGCUGUACGGCUCGGUGUUCACGGGCGCCAGCAAGUUCCGCUGCAAGGACUGCAGCGCCGCGUACGACACGCUGGUGGAGCUGACCGUGCACAUGAACGAGACGGGGCACUACCGCGAUGACAACAGGGACAAGGACUCCGAGAAGACCAAGCGGUGGUCCAAGCCCAGGAAACGCUCACUGAUGGAGAUGGAAGGCAAGGAGGACGCCCAGAAGGUACUCAAGUGCAUGUACUGUGGCCACUCCUUCGAGUCCCUGCAGGACCUGAGCGUCCACAUGAUCAAGACAAAGCAUUACCAGAAAGUGCCUCUGAAGGAGCCGGUGCCGGCCAUCACCAAGCUGGUCCCUUCCACCAAGAAGCGCGCCCUGCAGGACCUGGCGUCCCCGUGUUCGCCGGAACCCGCGGGGCUUGGUGCCGACGCCGUGCUCAGCGAGGUGGCCAAGGACCAGAAGACUGGCAACCCGUACGUGACGCCCAACAACCGUUACGGCUACCAGAAUGGCGCCAGCUACACCUGGCAGUUCGAGGCCCGCAAGGCGCAGAUCCUCAAGUGCAUGGAGUGUGGGAGCUCACACGACACGCUGCAACAGCUCACCGCCCACAUGAUGGUCACCGGCCACUUCCUCAAGGUCACCACCUCGGCCUCCAAGAAGGGCAAGCAGCUGGUGCUGGACCCGGUGGUGGAAGAGAAGAUCCAGUCCAUACCCCUGCCCCCCACCACGCACACCCGGCUGCCCGCCACCCACAUCAAGAAGCAGCCCGACUCCCCUGCGGGCACCACGCCCUCCGAGGACAAGAAGGAGCCCGAGAAGGACAAGGCGCCAGCGGUGGGCGAGGCAGACAAGAAGGUCAAGGAGGAGAGCGAGGACACCCCCGAGAAGUUCGAGCCCACUGCCCUGUAUCAGUACCUCCGCGAGGAGGACCUGGACGAUAGUCCCAAGGGCGGGGUGGACAUCCUCAAGUCCCUGGAGAACACGGUCUCCACGGCCAUCAGCAAAGCGCAGAAUGGUGCGCCCUCGUGGGGCGGCUACCCCAGCAUCCAUGCGGCCUACCAGCUGCCCGGCGCUGUGAAGCCGCUGCCCGCCGUGCAGAGUGUGCAGGUGCAGCCGUCCUAUGCCGGCGGCGUGAAGUCGCUGGCCCCAGAGCACAGCGCGCUGCUGCACUCCCCGGGGAGCCUCACGCCGCCGCCGCACAAGAGCAACGUGUCCGCCAUGGAGGAGCUGGUGGAGAAGGUCACCGGCAAGGUCAGCGUGAAGAAGGAGGAGCGGCCCGCUGCUGACAGGGAGAAGGGCUCCCCGGCCAAGGCUGUGUCCCCCGUGGCCAAAGAGAAUAAAGACUUCCCCCGCGCAGAGGAUGGCGGCAGCGGCAAGGCCACGCAGAAGAAGGGCCCGGAGGUGGAGGCGGGAAAGGCCAAAAAGGAGGGUGUGCUGGACACGCACACCCCGAACGGCACCGAGCCUCUGAAGGCCAAAGUCACCAAUGGCUGUAAUAACCUGGGGAUCAUCACGGACCACUCAGCGGAGCCCUCCUUUAUCAACCCGCUCAGCGCGCUGCAGUCCAUCAUGAACACGCACUUGGGCAAGGUGUCCAAGCCCGUGAGCCCAUCGCUGGACCCGCUGGCCAUGCUGUACAAGAUCAGCAACAGCAUGCUGGACAAGCCGGUCUACCCCGCCGCCCCCAUCAAGCAGGCGGACGCCAUCGACCGCUACUACUACGACAACAGCGACCAGCCCAUCGACCUGACCAAGGCCAAAAGCAAGCCCCUGGUCUCCAGCGCGGCCGACCCCGUGGCGUCCCCUCUCCGGGAGAGCGCCCUCAUGGACAUCUCCGACAUGGUGAAGAACCUCACGGGCCGGCUGACCCCCAAGUCCUCCACGCCCUCCACCGUGUCCGAGAAGUCGGAUGCUGAUGGCAGCAGCUUCGAGGAAGCACUGGAUGAGCUGUCGCCCGUGCACAAGAGGAAGGGACGCCAGUCCCACUGGAACCCCCAGCACCUGCUGCUCCUGCAGGCGCAGUUUGCCUCGAGCCUGCGGGAGACGCCGGAGGGUAAGUACAUCAUGUCGGACCUGGGCCCGCAGGAGCGCGUGCACAUCUCCAAGUUUACUGGGCUGUCCAUGACCACCAUCAGCCACUGGCUGGCCAACGUGAAGUAUCAGCUGAGGAGGACAGGGGGUACCAAGUUCCUGAAGAACCUGGACACAGGGCAUCCUGUUUUCUUUUGCAACGAUUGUGCCUCUCAGUUCAGAACUGCUUCUACGUACAUAAAUCACCUAGAAACACACUUGGGCUUCAGCUUGAAGGAUCUCUCCAAGCUGCCACUAAAUCAGAUUCAAGAACAGCAGAAUGUUUCAAAAGUCCUGGCAAACAAAGCCCUGGGCCCGGUCGGGGCUGCCGACGACGAAGGGGGCUCCACAUUCCAAUGCAAGCUUUGCAACCGGACUUUCGCAAGCAAGCACGCAGUCAAACUGCACCUUAGUAAGACCCACGGCAAGUCCCCUGAGGACCACCUGAUCUACGUGACGGAGCUGGAGAAACAGUAGCGUCCAGAAGCACGAGGGACCGCGGCACAUUGCACUACACGUUGUCUUUGGACUGCACUAGGCCUGGGCUGAGCCUCCGAAAUCAGCCUUCCCUUUGUUGCCGAGCUGGCUGUCUGGACCUUGGUUUUUUUCUUACACAUAUUUUGUAGUUAUAUUUAUAUGCUCUUUGUCCGAUUGUGCAUGUUAUUUUUCUUUUUCUGUGAGUCAAAGUCUGACCUUUAUUUUCAACAUCUGUUCUUGAUGUUAAGCUAUCUUCUGUAGGAAAUAGUGGGCACACUACUCAGAGACAUGCAUUUAGCAGAGAAGAAAGACACAAAUAACAAUGAUAAAAAGACAUCCUAAAAUUACAAAGUUGCCAUGACAAUAAAGGUCAUAGAACCUGGUAGUGUCAAAUUUAACCCUUUGAGGACUGCAAUUGCAUUUCUGUGCCUUUCACUCAAAAAAAAAAAAAAAAGAAAAAAAGGCUUAAAGGCAUUUCAUUCAGAUCAAAAGCUGUGUCAGACACAAAACUUAUUUAAUAAUUAAAAAAAUGAGCUUUUAUAUGCAGAACUGGUUUGUGAAGGAAACAUGCAUGCAGCUGUCGGAAGAUAGAAAGUUGUCUAGGAGUCGUGGGGUUAGGAAGCCACAGCUUUACACAUUGAAAAUGAAACAAAACAAAAAAAAACACAAAAAAAACCACCACCACCACCACCACCACCAAACACCCCAGUUGCCACUAUGCCCAAACCCUCUGGAUGCUGAAAAAAAAAAUGCCACUUUCGGCAAAAAAAAGUAUGCAAGCUAUUAUUUAAAAAUGUGUAAAAAUGCUAUUUCUUUUUUUCCUGUAAAAUACUGCGGUUUAUAGUUAUUUACAAAUGUAAGCUUUGGUAUAAGCUGACCUUUCUAUAGCGUGCUGCAUUGGUAAAUGAAAAAAACAUGGGGCAAACGUUGGAGUCCUUUCCUUGUAAAUUGCCAGCAUCAGCUUAAAAACUCCUCUAUGUUACAUAUCGUACCAUUUUAAUCUAUUCAACUUUCUUUGUACCUUCUGGCUGUAUGCUUUCUCUUUUAACUUUUUAUAUUGUCAUUUUAUAUUAAAUUUCUGUGUAUAUAAUGUAAAACCACAAUUUUUGAAUAAAAUUUAGUUCCUGCAGCUUGAUUUAAAUAGAGAAGUUUUACUGGUACCUGCGUCUUUCCAGAUGCAUGUAUAUCAGACAAAAAUAAAUAAAUGGAAACAAAGCAAGCAAUGCACUAUUAAUUAUACAUUUUGAUGUUCUAUCAUUAAUAUUGUACAGUACAUUUUGGUUCACACAAUUAAAUCCACUGUUUUCUCAAAUGUAAAAUAAACCCACAAGCAGUUCUUGAUUUA